UACUGGGAUUUGACAAUGCUGCUCCUAAUGGUUGGCAACUUGAUCAUCAUCCCAGUGGGCAUCACCUUCUUCAAAGACGAGAACACCACCCCAUGGAUUGUUUUCAAUGUGGUCUCGGACACCUUCUUCCUCAUUGACCUGGUCCUCAAUUUCCGCACGGGGAUUGUCGUGGAAGACAACACGGAGAUCAUCCUUGACCCGCAGAGGAUUAAGAUGAAGUACCUCAAGAGCUGGUUCGUGGUGGAUUUUAUCUCCUCCAUCCCGGUGGACUACAUUUUCCUGAUCGUGGAGACGCGCAUCGAUUCGGAGGUUUACAAGACGGCCCGAGCCCUGCGGAUCGUGCGCUUCACCAAAAUCCUUAGCCUCUUGCGGCUUCUGAGGCUUUCCAGGCUCAUACGCUACAUCCAUCAGUGGGAGGAGAUCUUCCACAUGACCUAUGACCUGGCAAGCGCCGUGGUGCGGAUCGUGAACUUGAUCGGCAUGAUGCUGCUGCUGUGUCACUGGGACGGCUGCCUGCAGUUUCUGGUGCCAAUGCUCCAGGACUUCCCUGACGACUGUUGGGUUUCACUCAAUCGCAUGGUGAAUGACUCCUGGGGGAAGCAAUAUUCCUAUGCGCUGUUCAAGGCUAUGAGCCACAUGCUGUGUAUCGGCUAUGGGCAGCAAGCCCCAGUGGGCAUGUCCGACGUAUGGCUCACUAUGCUUAGCAUGAUUGUCGGGGCCACCUGCUAUGCCAUGUUCAUCGGCCACGCCACAGCCCUCAUCCAGUCUUUGGACUCCUCGCGUCGGCAGUAUCAGGAGAAGUACAAGCAAGUGGAGCAGUACAUGUCCUUCCACAAGCUCCCAGCUGAGAUGCGCCAGAGGAUCCAUGACUACUACGAACACCGCUACCAGGGCAAAAUGUUCGACGAGGAGAGUAUCCUGGGAGAGCUGAGUGAGCCACUGAGGGAGGAGAUCAUCAACUUCAACUGCCGGAAACUUGUGGCCUCCAUGCCUCUGUUUGCCAACGCAGACCCCAAUUUUGUAACAUCCAUGCUGACCAAGCUGCGUUUUGAGGUGUUCCAGCCAGGCGACUACAUCAUCCGGGAGGGAACAAUCGGAAAGAAGAUGUAUUUUAUCCAGCACGGGGUGGUGAGUGUUCUCACCAAAGGCAACAAGGAGACCAAGCUGGCUGAUGGUUCCUACUUCGGAGAAAUUUGCCUGCUGACUCGUGGCCGGCGGACGGCGAGUGUGAGAGCCGACACUUACUGCCGCCUCUAUUCCCUCUCGGUGGACAACUUUAAUGAGGUGCUUGAGGAGUAUCCCAUGAUGAGAAGGGCUUUUGAAACAGUGGCCCUGGACAGACUGGACAGAAUUGGGAAGAAGAACUCCAUCCUUCUCCACAAAGUCCAGCACGAUCUCAACUCGGGCGUCUUCAACUACCAGGAGAAUGAGAUCAUCCAGCAAAUCGUGCAGCAUGACCGAGAGAUGGCCCACUGUGCGCAUAACGUCCAGGCCGCCGCCGCCGCAUCAACCCCCACUCCGGUUAUCUGGACGCCACUGAUCCAGGCCCCUUUGCAAGCCGCAGCGGCCACCACGUCCGUAGCAAUAGCUCUCACCCAUCACCCUCGCCUCCCGGCGGCCAUUUUCCGCCCGCCUGUCUCUGUUCUGGGUUCCCUGGGGCAGGCCCCGAACCAGACUCCGAGACAGCUGAGGAGACUUCACUCCUUGGUGUCUUCGGCCGGGCCUUCCAUCGUGGGCUCCCCUUCAAGCACGCAAUCCCAGCAGCACACCCCGGGGGCAGACACCCUCUCGUCGUCCUCCUUCCAGAUCCAGCAGCUAGCUGGCUUCACGGCCUCGGCCGGCUUGGCCCAGUUCCAUCGUGCUUCGGCCGGCUCUCCGUCGGCUGCCUCGACUCAGCAGCAGCCCUUGGGGAGCCCGUCCUCGGCAGGCCUGAGCCUGUUGCACCAGGGGCCUUCGGAUUCCCCGGAAGGGGUGGCUCAGCAGCAGGCUCCCGACAGCAAUCUCCUGAGCGGCUUUGGCCCCUUCCAGAAGGCCCCUGCUAGUUCGCCAUCCACUGCCUUCCCCCAGCUAUCCUCCAAUUCCCCCAGCAGCCCCCUUGGCCGCACACAAACCGCUUGCAGCAACAAGCCCGCCCAGCCAGGCCAGGCCCAGCAGCUCUCAGGAACUGGAGCCCUGGGAGGGACGAACCACUUUCCAUUGCCUCCCUCCUCAAGCUCACCACCCUCCAGCUUACGCCAGCUGGCACAGGCCUCCGGAGGCUCCCCGUCAGCCUCAUGCCAAACCCAGCCAAGUGCAUUAGGACCUUCUGCUUCUCCUGCUGCGACCGUAGCUCAGUUGCACCACGAAAGGUCACCCUUUGCCUCUAUGUCUCCUUUGAAACAGCCCGCCAGUGCCCCUCCUCCGCUGUUCCCGCCCUCAGGCCUUAGCCCUCCUAGUCAAUGUGCUGCAGCCAGGACUUUGCAGUGUGCCCCUUCUGGGGCAAGGGGCUCCCACGGAUCUCUGCUGAUGCCUCAGACCUCCAGUCCUCCUCUACAGGUCCUUCAGCCCAGGAGUACGCCGCCGCCACCGCUUCCACCGGGACGGUUAAGCCAGGACCUCAAGUUCAUCUCUGCUUCCCAUCCAAUUCUGCCCCACGAAACAGCUCAGACUUUAAGCCGAGGCUCUUCUCCCCACUCCUCUAGGGAAUCUGUUUCUAGUUUCUCGUCUUUCUCUGGAGGAGGGGGAGCAGGAGGAGGAGGGACCAGGCCUCUAGGGAAGCCAUACAGCUCUGUACCAGGGCGAGUGACUCUACCACGCCAGAUGUCCUCAGGUUCACUGCCUCCUCCGCCUGCAUUUGAGGCCAGUUGCGCCAUCCCCCCACCUCUGACUGCUGUCGUGACUGCUGUCGAAGGGAGGAAAGGGUCUAUAGGGCUCACUGGGGAACGAGAGCACAUCCGAUCAAAACUGCCCUCCAAUUUGUGAAAUGUUCUCCUUCUCUCCCCCUCACCUACAUUUUCUGGCCGCCGUCCCCCUUGGCCACAGUUUGGAGGAGCCAGUUUUCUUUCAUUUGUGCUUUUUAGAUCCCAAUAGACUUUUACAUGGCUCCCAUUUUCUUCCUUUGUUUUCUUCAAGCUAACAAUGAUUAGAGGUUUAAAAACAAUAAGGAGAACAGCAGCAGCAAAAAAAGAUAACCAGGUAUUCUUAGAGCUAUAGAUUUUGAGUCACUUUCUUUUAUAGAGUAUUUUAUUACACGGAGCAAAAGAUUGGGGGACGGGGACGGGGGAAAGGAAUGUAAUCAAUAUGUGAUGAUGAUGAUAAUAAUAAGAACAACUCAGAGAGUAGAUGUGCAGCUGAUGUAAAGGAUAAAGCUAAGAAAAUUGGCUCCCUUUGGAGAAACAGAUCUCUCAUUGAUGUAAGUUGGUGUCAGGAAUCCAAAGGUCACCUCUUGAGCUG